UUGACAACCACAUCAUCUAAUCAGCUUAUCACUCGAAUUUUGGCACAAGUUUAAUUUAUUACGUAGUGCAGAUUUAAUCGUAUUUUCGCGAGCACGUCGCGUUGGUGAGUUUUGUUAGCGAAGUGGGAUGUUAAUUUCUGCGUUCGCUGUGUUAUCACUGCUGAAGAAAUGAAGUAUAUUAUAAAUGCAUGGGAUCUAACAUGAAGAAGUCCGUUUGCAAUGUAGCUUACGCUUUAAUUGUACUAAUUUACUACAGUUUCUUCAUUCUGGACAGCGCUUUAUCAGAUACCACGGGUCAUCAAAUUAAACCUACCGACGCAACUCUCCAAAAUGAAACCCUGUCCGACUCUUUGUCGACAAAUAACGCUACCCUUUUUAAUGUGGAUAAUAAUAUCGAAGCGAGCGAGGCAACUCGCGAAAACGUGAAAGAAAAUGUGGUGUUUUCGGAAGUCACAUCGCAUAACACUGAUCCGAUUGGAAUAAUCAACGAUACCCCCGUUAUUCUGUCACUUUCCGAUUCGGCAACCAAAGAACUCGAGAACCUCGCCACUGAAUCCUUCAACGAUGGAUUUAACGACUCGCAACAGCUCAAAAAUCUAGUCACAAAUGCCACCGAAACUUAUAACAAGAGCAUUCCGGAAGCCAAUGUAGAAAAGGAGACCCAGAAAUUAAGUUUGAAUGUCUCCGCGAAUACCACUACGGAGCAGAGCGAGGAAAUACCUUCGUUUUCGGAAUGGGCCCAAAAGCAACUGGAAGAAGUGGAGAAGAAAGAACCGUUGAAUUCAUCGAUCUCCGGGUAUAAUCUAAACGGCACCAGAGUCGGAUCGAACGCUAAACUGCGAUGGAAAAAUUACGCGUCUGUCGACUGCGGCGCCAAAGUGAUCCAGGCGAAUCCUGAAGCGCAGAAUUCGUGGGCAAUCUUGUCGCCGUCCCGCGACGAAUACAAACUGAACCCUUGCAACAGCAGGGUGUGGUUCGUGGUGGAAUUGUGCGAGGCCAUACAAGUGAAAAAGAUAGAUCUGGCCAAUUACGAGUUAUUUUCAUCGUCGCCUAAAGACUUCGUUGUGUCGGUGAGCGACCGGUUUCCGACCAGGGACUGGUGGCUCGUCGGCCAUUUCGCUGCGCGAGACGAACGCGACGUGCAGAGUUUCGAUCUGAACCACGAAAACUUCGGGAAGUACAUAAAAAUAGAGAUCAAAUCGCACUACGGUGCCGAACACUACUGCCCCCUGUCGUUGUUCCGCGCAUACGGAACGUCUGUAUUCGAAGUGCUGCAGAAGGAAGACCCGGCGCACGCGCACCCACCCGAAGACGACGACGACGACGGCGACGAAAUCGUAGUCGGCGCGGAAACGUCCGGAAAUUUGUUAAGCUCGGCCACCGAUGCGGUUAUAUCGAUGGUCAAGAAGGCGGCGCAAGUGUUGGGUAACAAAAAGAACAGCUCGGGCGACACGUCGGGUAACGAUUCAGUCCGAACCCUGCCGACGCCCGUUUGCACGUCACCUAGUCAUUAUGUAGUGUGUAAAAAUUGCUCGGGUACCUUGUUCCGCAAAGUUUACGAAUUGCUGAGCUGCAGAAUCGCCCAAGUGAAAAACCUAUUGAAAAUUCCGUUCGUGAUACGCGCGCUCGUCAACUCUGGUAUCUGCAAACCGUUCGGUUUCGAUUUCCGGAACAAGUCGUCCGCUUCAACGGCGAGGUCUUGCCCGGAAUGCGUCGAAAGCUUCUUCCCGGAUCGAUAUCUCGGCGCCAUGUGCAACGUACUGGCGGUAGCGUACGGCAAAGUGCUGCGCAACGUGAGCUAUCAGUAUGCAAACGGAAGCAGCGGCUUGGAGGACGAGAAACUGGUGGAUAUCGGGCGGGCGGGAGAGAAGAACCUCACGGCGAACAUCGAGCCGACGAAGCCUCUCGAAAUCGAACGAAUGGACGUUCGAACCCGCCCGAGCGCCAUAACGGAGUCCACGAACGUCUCGGAAAUAAAACCGUCGAGAUCUCUGCGGUCGGACAACUUCAAUUCGGAAUCGGGUCCGUCCGAAAGCGUCCCGACCGCGACGACCGGCGAGAAAGAAGCGGUCGAAUCGGACGUCGGCGCUAGCGUCGACCCGCUUCCGGAAACGGAAAUCCUCAAGGAGAACGUAAUCGAAAUAGCGGCGGACGAUAACCUCGACAAACUGAUAACGGAAAUAAACGCGGCGGAAAUAUCGAGCAGCGUCGUCGUCAAUACCGCGUCCUCGUCGUCACAAUCUCAAAAAGAGUCGGUGUUCCUAAGGCUCGCCAAUCGGAUAAAAGCUUUAGAGAGGAACAUGUCGCUAUCUAGUCAGUACCUGGAGGAGCUGAGCAAACGGUACAAGAAACAAGUGGAGGAGAUACAGAAGUUAUUGGAGAAAACGGUGAGGUCGGUGGAGGAGCUGGACGCGCGACACGAGGCGAAACGCAGACGCCUGGAGGAGAGGGUGGAGCGGUUGGAGGACGUCGCAGAACGCGCCCUGGCCGAGAAAAACGAUUGGCGCGCGAUGUGCUACUGCGCGGGCGCGUGCUGCGUCGCAUUCGCGGUUUAUAUAUUUUGGGGCCGGGGCGUAGCGUUAAAAUUACCCGAAUCUUCGAAACCGAGGCGGAAACGCGACCCGAGCAAAGUCGUGGUGUCGCCCAAGGUGAAAAAGAGGAGGAGGGGGAGCCAAUUCCGUCCAGCGCUCGACGGCGUUGAGGAGAACGGGGGGUUCGCGCCCAAACGAACGUCGACGAAGAUAUGGAAGCAACCGGUUGAAGAAAGGCCACACAUCGAAGACAUUCCAUUACCUCUGGGCGAGGUGGUGCGUAACAUUUCGGAACCGAUUACGUCCAAAUAUCACGCGCAGACGAUAAAAGCGCCGGUGGUCGAAAAGCUCAAGCCGGGGGGCAUGGCGAAUAACGGUCCGUCGAUCACGCCUCCUAACGGGAACGCAAUUAACGGAGAGGGCCACACUCCCAAAAGCGGCAAGCGCGGCAUCAAGAAACUUUUUAAAAAAGUGUUUUAAAGGCUGUAAACUGUUAUUUAUAUUUACACGAAGACUGAUCUGCGAAGUUUUAGUUCGUUAUUCUCGUCGAAAUUAUAAGGUUAGGUAUUUAAUUUAGCGUUGAAGUUGGAGUAAUAUAGGAUUUCGAAUUGGACCGUUGU